UAUUCUUCACUCUGUCUUGCGACUCAAGUAUCAGUCUCUGUUGUUCAUACUCCUCCUCUGUUUGUACCUUGAUGCAGAAAUGGACUGGAAUUUCCGGUGGCUCUUAUGUUUGUUUUAUGUAUGUCAUUCAUUAACAGCCUUCAACAUUGAUCCUGUGACCUGGAAGACCUUCACAAACAAUGAAAACACUGGCUUUGGCUAUAAAGUGAUACAGAAAGAUACAAGACUGCUUGUGAGUGAUCCUUUAAUACAACACAGUCAGACUCAAAGAGGACAAAUUUAUCACUGUUCUGUUACCAGAGGAAACUGCAUGCCACUGGCCAUUACUGUCCCAGAUGAGGCUGUCAACAUGUCCCUUGGACUUUCAAUGUCUCUAGAUCCUCAGUCUUCAAGAGCAGUGGUUUGUGGUCCAACCAUACCUAAGAACUGUGACGUAACCACUUACAAUGGCAUGUGCUAUAAAAUAAGUUCAGAUAAUCUUGUGAGCAGAUCUGUGCCAAGGACUCUGAGAGAAUGCCCAGCAUCACAAAUUGAUAUUGCUUUUUUAAUGGAUGGAUCUGGAAGUGUAGAAGGUGUGGAUUUUAAUAAGAUGAAGGCUUUUGUUAUAGAAAUGAUCAAAAGUUUUAUAGACCAUGAUACACAGUUUGCCAUUGCACAGUUUUCUACAGAUUGUUACAUUCAUUACAAGUUUCAACAAGUCAAAAAAGGCAAGUGGUGGGAAGAUGCAGUGACUCGGAUACCUCGACAUAAAGGAUGGACUAACACCGCAACAGCUAUAAGACAACUUGUGAGGGAGCUAUUCGUAAGUCAAGGAGGUGCAAGACCAUCAGCCAGUAAAGUUUUGGUUGUUAUCACAGAUGGUGAAUCAACUGAUAAGUACUUGUCUGAAGCUGUUGAACAAGCACAAUCAAACAAUAUAACACGAUAUGCUAUCGGGGUUGGCAAUUCUUUUAAUAUUGACAAAGCAACAAGGGAGCUGGCGAUUAUUGCAUCUUUACCCACCAAUAAGCAUGUGUUCAAAGUAACUGACUUUGAUGCACUGGAAAGUAUUCGUGAGCAACUCAAAGAGAAUAUUAUUGCCAUUGAAGGAACCCAAACCUCUGGUGAUUCAUCUCGGAUGGAAUUUGCACAGGACGGGUUUAGUGCAGCCUUAACAUCAAAUACAGAUAUAAUAAUGACUGCAGUGGGAGCUUUCCAGUGGAAGGGUGGAUAUCAGCUGUACAAACCAAACGUGCAGUCAAAUAUCUUUCAAGCUGGAAGUGAGCAUGACAGUUAUUUAGGUUAUUCCUUGGCAAUAGCGACAAUUCGAGCAAAGUAUGCAGUCAUGGGAGCACCAAGACACAAGCACAAGGGACAAGUAACUGUUUCAAGAAUUGAUAAUAAUCGAAGCAAAUUAGAGCAACUGGAUCCUCCAAAGCCUCAGAUUGGCUCAUAUUUUGGAGCUGAGGUUUGUGUGGUGGAUUUGUACAGUGACUCCAAUACAGACCUCCUUUUGAUAUCUGCACCAACAUACAUGGAGCCUGACCGAGAGGGCAAAGUGUUUGUUUACAUCAUCAAGCGUCGGUCGUACUUCAGUUUUUCUGGUGUGGUGCUGGUGGGAAUAGCAGGUCAGAGGAGUCGGUUUGGCUCUUCUCUGGCCAGUCCAGCAGAUCUGAAUGGUGAUGGUUUCAGGGAUGUGCUGAUUGGAGCUCCUUUAGAAGAGGAUGGACAGGGCAGCAUCUAUGUCUUCAAUGGAGGAGAAGAUCAAAUAAAUCCCACAUAUUCACAGAGGAUUGCCGGAUCAGCUGUGCAACCAGGUUUGCGGUUCUUUGGGAUUUCAUUGAGUCAGUCCUCUCUAGACCAGACUCAAGACAGCCUUCCUGAUAUUGCUGUUGGGUCCAUGGGAGCAGUUCUGCUUCUCAGGUCCAGACCCAUCAUGCUUUUGGAAGCCAAAAUAACUUACAACCCAUCCAAAAUACCAACCGGUGAAACAGACCAGUCACUGAAAAACACCAUGAAAGUGUGCUUCACCAUGAGUCCAUACAGACACCGCAUAAGAGACUUAACAGCAAAUAUUAAUUACAACAUAACGCUGGAUGCCAAGCGACAGAAAUAUCGAGCGUACUUCUCACCCAAAAAACGCCUCCUCAGUGAUGUGAUGAACAUUAGGUUUUCUUCAGAAACUUGCAAAAGUCAUCCUUUCCUUAUAUAUGCUUUCUCAGAAGAUGCUCUGAGCCCAUUGUCCAAUCAGUUAACAUUCACUUUUGAGGGUCUACCAUCUGCCACAAUGCAAAACAUAAGACCAAUACUGCUGCCAGGGAUAAAGACCACCGCAGACCACAAUCUGGAUUUUGAGAUAAAUUGUGGACAUGAUGACAUUUGUGUUGAUGACCUCAGGAUGGAUUUCAACUUCUCUGGAUCCACAAACAUAGAGGUUGGGAUCAUGCAGGAGAUCAAUGUGACAGUGUUUGUGGAGAACAGAGGAGAAAACUCAUACAACACUCACUUCACCCUCAACUACCCCUUUGGACUUUCCUACAGGAGAAUCACAUCUAAUCAGGGCAGAGUGGAGUGUGUAUCUCUUGAUAGUGAGCAAAAAGGUUCAUUUGGAGAGACUACCUGCCACAUUAGCAAACCCACCCUCAAGGGAAAUGCUCAGCGUCUAGGUUGUGUUUCAUAUUGCAUACAGCAUCGAUAAAGAAAGCACCUUUGAUCAAAACGUCACAUUUACUGCUAGAAUCAACAGUGGGAAUGACCAACACUCUCAAAGCAGUGAAUUAUCCAGAAAGAAAAGUAUUGGUGUCAAAUAUGCCAUCUAUAUUGCCUUAAUAAG